AUUGGCGCACUCCACUUCAGGUUUUACAGUGACUCCUGGCUGGAUGCCAGAAAGAGACUCACAAGUGACCCAAGAGCCAAGCAGUUAUGUAAGCCUAGGCGGAGGCACGGGAGGGAAAAGUCCGACUGCGUUUGCGCUGCUGCUGCUGCUCCUGCUGCUGCCCAAGCCUUUCCCCAGUUCCAAAAGAUGCCGGAGCUCAAGGUGCGCAGUGUGCUGGUGACUGGCUCCAAUCGGGGCAUAGGCUUGGAACUGGUCAAGCAGCUGGUUGGGAGAAGCAACCGCCCGGAAUGGAUCUUUGCCACCUGCCGGGACCCAGAAGGACCACGCGCCCAGAUUUUGAGGGAUUUGGCUGCCAAGCACCGAGGAAUAGAGAUCAUCCCACUUGACACGUCUGAAGCGUCCAGCAUCAAGGCUGCUGCAGCCAUCGUCACCGAGAGGCUGAAAGGCGCUGGCUUGAAUUUGCUGAUCAAUAAUGCCGGGAUUGUGAAAGCAACCACGUUGGAAUCUGAGACACCGGAAAACAUGCUGGAAGUGUACAAAACCAAUGUGGUUGGGCCCAUGGUGGUCACCCAGACCUUCUUGCCCUUGCUGAAAAAGGCCGCUCAGGAAAGCCCUCAGAAAGGGAUGAGCUGCAACAAAGCCGCCCUCAUCAACAUCAGCAGCGAGUGUGGUUCCAUUACCAAUGUCUUAGGGUGGGAAGUUGGGCAGAUCCUCAACUAUCGUUGCAGUAAGGCUGCUCUGAACAUGCUCACGAAGUGCCAGUCCCUGGGAUAUGCCAAGGAUGAGAUCCUGUGCAUUACGUUGCAUCCAGGGUGGCUACAGACCGAUAUGGGGAAUGGAGCGAUUCUGGCCCCGAUGGGAGUGGAUGAGGGCGUGCAGAAGAUCCUGGCAACGCUUGCCAGUCUCUCCGAGAAAAACAACGGCACUUUUGUGGAUUUGGAUGGGAAAAUUCUCCCCUGGUGACUGGCUCCUUCAAUGGUGCAACUUUCUACUUGCUGAGCUCCAGGAAGAGCACAUUUCUAGGGGAAUGGGAAUGCCUCACCACCUAAUGAUCCUGAAGUUCCCGCAGGCCUCUUCCUUCCAGCUGUCUUAUGUGCUAAUAUUCCUUUCGAUUGCCUUCCAUACGAUUCUCCUUGUCUCUAUAUAAAUGAUGAUUGACAGAUCUAUUAAAUGUUGGAAAUGUGAUCACAAUGUUAGGACAUUGACCAUGAGUGGUGGUCUUGAGGAAAGACCCAGGAGUACUGGACUCAAAUACAUUUGAUGCUGGAAGAAAUUGUUAUGACCAUAGCUUUGUUUGUUGGGAAUGCCGGGUGACCAUUUGGAUGAUUAUUGCAGUAUGAUCAUUGCAGUUGAUGCUCAGAUUGAGAUCGAGAAACGGGGCCCCCAAAAUUCUGAAAUUGUUGGGAAUCAGCCUGUGUUGGUGUUUCAUGAUGCUCAGGUUCUCCCCUCCUAUGUGGGGUCCCCCAAGGUGCAAUUCUUUCCCCUCUUCUCUUCAACAUCUAUGUUAGACCCCUUGCUAGUUUGGCUCAGAAUUUCGGCCUGGACUGCUAUCGAUAUGCAGACGACACCCAACUCCUUCUGCGCUUGGAACCUGGAGCAACGUCAAUACCAGACAAUUUCACCUUAUGUCUGGAGGCUCUGUCAAACUGGCUACAUGCUAGCAGACUGAAGGUGAACUCAGCAAAGACUGAGAUUCUCUGGCAUGGCCGCCCAGCAGGUCUGUCUCCUCCGUUACCCACCUUCGAUGGUGCCGCCCUCUCUCCAUCGACCACUGUUAAGAGCUUGGGUGUCGUCCUGGAUUUGCAGCUGACAAUGGAAGCUCAGGUGGCUGCUGCCAGCAAACAG